AUGAGGGAGUGCUCCGCGGCAGUCGCGAGCAUACCCAUCGCGAUGACUUCAGGGGCACCCUGCGUACUCACAUCUUCAUCGUUUCCUGAUGCUUUGCAUAACGGGCCCCAUGACCUUGUUUGUGACAGUGACUCACGGUGGGUGCACAAAACGGCCCACUUGCUGGGUGAUGUGCGCUCAUCUGGUCUCCUGCUGGCGGAGACGAUGGUGGUUGUCCGUGGGGACAUCACCACGGUGACAUUUGGGGAAGCCGUCAUCCUCUGUGAGGGUUGUGUCCUGCGCCCACCGCUGCGCGCCUUGCUGAAUCGAAGCGUAGCCGAAUCAACACCGGUAACGAUGGGAUCCACAACAGUGAUAGGACGACGUGCGGUGUGUGAAGCGCAUUCGGUUGGAAGUUACGUGCUCGUUGAGGAUGACUGUGUGAUUGGGGAAUGGGUGGAAAUCCCUGACGGUGUUUGGCUGCGUUCAGGCUCUGUUGUGCCGCCUGGCAUGAGGUUGGCUCCGUACGUUGUGUAUGAGGGCCGACCAGCACAUGCAGUGGCCACCGUGGACGCGGAGCUCCACCAAAUAUCUAUGGAGGAGCGUGUGCGCGACGUGUUCUCUCUCCUGUCGGCCCCGUCGUCGUGA